GAAAAAUCUAUUCUAGUUGUCCUUACAAAAUAUUUCAAAAUUUUAUGUCAAUUAAACUGAAAAUUCGCCGUAUUAAGAACUAUUUUUCUUUAUAUUUUAUAAAUAAUUUAAAAAUUUUUAGCCUUAAACUUAAAAAAUGUGUGCCGCAACUCGCCCUUUAGGUCCUGGCCCUGGUGCAUAUUUACUCCCAACUCUUGUUGGUCACGAGGGCCAUGACGUGCGCAAGGUUCGUGAACCUCAAUAUUCAUUUGGUGUCAAGAAGGAUCUGCGUAGUAAAACUCUAGGCCCAGGUCCUGGUGCCUAUCAAUUAAAUAAUGUUUUUAGAUAUGGGGUAGCGAACAGUCCAGCAUAUUCUUUGGGACAACGUACAUUUUUCAAGACUCGUGAUACUGGCCCCGGACCAGGUGCUCACAACAACCAUGAAUGCCCUAUAUUUAAAGGCAAUCGGCCACCUGCAUAUUCUCUGGGACAACGAACUGCUUUCAAUGUUAAGGACUACAAACCUGGGCCUAACGCAUAUUUUGGUAACAUUAAUACGAUUAAACCGAGCUCACCGGCUUAUAGCUUGGGUCGGCGAACUGGUUUAAAAGCUAAAGGACUAUCACCCGGACCUGCAGCGUACGGCGCUAUAGGAAAUUGUGUAACAGGGAAAUGUCCACCAUCGUAUUCAAUGGCCGCCAGAAGGGGAGGUAUCUCGACUAAAUUUCCAACCCCAGGUCCCGAUAAUUAUAAUCUGCAAGAGUAUAAGCCUGGAGACCUUGGUCCAGCGUUCUCAUUCGGAAUCAAGCACUCACCCUACUCACCUCCCAUGAUUGUGGAAUGUGACAAUUAGUCGUUCAGUGGGCGUUUUGUGAGCAUCCAUUUUUUGAGAUUAAGUGUUAGGUAAAAAUAUUAUUAAGCAGAUAAACCUA